AUGCAUUAAAAAUUAUUAUUCGUGCUAUUCACAACGAUAUUUUGUUUUACUUAUAUUCCUGAACUGGAAAUAGACUUAAGUGCUCCACCAAAAUAAAGGUGGAAGGAGGCUGUUCAAACAGUUCUUGAUUUAUAUGGAUAUGAUAAUUCUUUUGGUCCAGUAUUUGCUUUUCAUAAUAAAUAUUCUUUUGAUGUCUUAAAUUAAGAUGACUAUACUACAAUAGCAUAAGCUUUAAGAAAGAAUUUCCCAGAACAUUCAUUGGAAUUGGAAGGGAUAAUUGAAGUAUUAAAUAGACCAGAGAUUACCUUUGAAUACAUGGCUGGUUGGGCAUAUUUUCAUGAGAUAGCACAUAUUACAAAUUAUUUUUAUGAGUGCACAGGAGUUUUAUUAUCAGUAGGUGAUUAGGUAAUUCAUGGAAGAAACAUGGAUUAAGCACCAGGAUAAGGAAGAAAUUUAGUUUUGCAUUUAUUUAUUAAAAAGGAUGGAAAAUAUCUUGGAGAAGUAGUUGAUUGGUAUUGGUUCAAAGGUGGAUUUAUUACAGCAUUGAAAUAUAAUGUUGUUACUCUUGAAGAAAAUUGGAGAUAUGACAAAUAAUUAACUAAGGAAUCAGUUUUGACAUAUAUUUAAAAAGGAUUACCAUCAUUAACUUAAGUCUUUAGAGAAAUUUUAAUAAAUGAAACACUUAAUACAUUUGAAAAAGUAGUUUAGUAUCUUGAGAAUUAUGAAGUAGGAUGUGCAUUAUAUAAUAUUGUUGCUGGUAUUGGUAAAGAUCAAGGUGUUGUUAUUUCAAGAGGACCAUAGGAAACUUUACAAACUUUGAGAUUAAAUAGCACAAUUGGAAUUAAGUAUUUAGUUUAAACAAAUUAUGAUCAUUGGUUACCAGAUCCAGAAGAUGAUCCAAGAAGAACAGCUGCAGAGAAUUUACUGUAAAAAAUAAAAAAUAAUUUAAUGAAUGAGUUUGGUGUUUAUGCUAUUAUGAAUACAUAUCCAGUUCAUAAUGAAGGGACUUUUUUAACUGUUAUAAUGAAUGCCAAAUAUAAUAGAUUUAUAACAUUAGGAUAAGAAGCUAUUACAUUCUUUGAUGAUGAAUGA